AUGGGCCUGUUUUCCCGCAAGGAAAAGGCCCCCAAAGCCUCGGGCAAGCCGUCUAUCAACACGUCAAAUGUGAGCAUCGCCUCUGGCGCAUCUAGCAUUAAAUCACCGCCACCGCGCAGUACCACCAUGAACAGAUCCUCAGGAACGAGCACAACCCCCGGCACGCCUUUGACGCCUUUUUCGCCUACCUCCAUACCUAAGUUCGAUCUACCGCGUCCUCCUGACCCGCAGCUUGACCCGGCGGGAUACCUCAGGAGCUUGGGGGCGGUUAGAGAUAGAAGCAAGAUUGUCACGGACAAAGCAAUUCGCAACGAAUUGAAACACUUUGAUGUGGAUAUGCGCAAGUUCCCAGACGUCGUGACAUUUGUUUCUCAGAUCAUCAAGAGAGAUUAUGACGCCCCAUACAACACGAUUCCUGGCCACGGAAGACACCAGCACUUCUGCGUCGGCGGCCGCGACCGUAUUGCUCAGCUUCUUUCUACGUUCCCUGAGGAUGUCGACAACAGCGAAAAGUGUCGCCGCAUGAUUGAUCUCUUCCUCGUCAGUGUAUUGCUGGAUGCUGGUGCAGGCACGAAAUGGAGUUACAAGAGCACCGAAAAUGGACGCAUAUACCGCCGAUCAGAAGGCAUCGCCGUAGCUAGCUUGGAAAUGUUCAAGACUGGUCUUUUCUCCAGCGAUAGCAAAAACAAGUUCCAGGUCGACAAGGAAGGACUACGCAGCCUCACAGUGGAGAGGGUAGCUGCUGGUCUGCAGUCGAAGCCGGGCAACGAAAUGGCAGGCAUUGAAGGCAGGACGCAACUCCUCCAGCGGCUAGCAAAUGCUCUGACCGAAAAGAGGGAAUUUUUUGGCGACAGCGGUCGACCAGGUCAUAUGAUAGACUACCUGCUUUCGCAUCCCUCGACGCAAGCGUCUUCCAUGCCGAUUGUCAUUCUCCCGACGCUAUGGAAUCUCCUCAUGAACGGCCUCAUGCCCAUCUGGCCACCAUCUCGAACCUCGAUCAAUGGCGUAUCUCUUGGCGAUGCCUGGCCUUGCCAGUCAAUGCCGCAACCCCCGCAGAGCCCGACGACUUCGCAAUUCUCACCAUUUCCGCCUUCUGCCCAGAACUCGACCGCAGCAUGGGAGUCUAUACUGCCGUUCCAUAAGCUUACGCAGUGGCUCUGUUACAGCCUGAUGCAGCCUAUGCAAUCACUACUACGCAUCCACUUUGCCGGGGUCGAACUACUCACCGGCUUGCCCGAGUACCGCAACGGCGGUUUAUUCAUCGACCUGGGAGUUCUCACACUGAAAACAGACGAUUCGGAAAGGGGCCUCGAGCACUACGACGAGUACUGCAGAAGGACAAACGUCAAGCCGGUUGAAGUUGCGCCCAUGUUCGAGCCCAGCGACGACGUGAUAGUCGAAUGGCGCGGCGUCACGGUUGGCUUCUUGGAUAGGCUUUGCGUAGAGGUCAAUAAGCACAUGAAGAACGACCUCAAAGGCAAUCAUCUCACACUGGCUCAAAUACUCGAGGCCGGAAGCUGGAAGGGUGGCCGCGAGAUGGCCGAGUUUAGCAGACCAAAUACGAAAGAACCGCCCAUUUUGAUCGAUAGCGAUGGUACCGUUUUCUAG